CAGGCAGUGACCCGGAAGCAGAAGUGACUCCCACAGGCUGAGUGCUGGGGAGCUGCAUCGGCGAUCGCAGCGGUAGAAGCAGCAAUUUAUCUGUGUGCAGCCCCAAACUGGGAAGAAGAUGCUAAUUAAAGUGAAGACGCUGACCGGAAAGGAGAUUGAGAUUGACAUUGAACCCACAGACAAGGUGGAGCGAAUCAAGGAGCGUGUGGAGGAGAAAGAGGGAAUCCCCCCACAGCAGCAGCGGCUCAUCUACAGUGGUAAACAGAUGAACGAUGAGAAGACAGCAGCUGAUUACAAGAUACUAGGUGGUUCAGUCCUCCACCUGGUACUGGCUCUGAGAGGAGGAGGUGGUCUUAGGCAGUGAUGGACCCCCCCCCCAUUUCACCUCCUUGCCCUGUCGCUCAUUAUGAGACAUCAUGUAUCCUCUCACACUGUGGGACACCAGAGCCACUGCCCCC